CUCAGAUACAGUGAUAUGAACAUCCUCUGCAAGAUUGGAGGUACCAACUGGACAGGCUCUCAACCUGACUUAUUGCCUCUCCUCUCCUCCUCCUGCGAUCUCAUCAUCUAUCAUCUAUCAACUCGCAUCUCACAUUUCCACCAAGAACAAACUAAAACCCUUCCUUGCCUUACCGACUACGCCGUAUUUGUAGCCGAAGAGUGCCAUACUGUUCUUUUUGCUACUGUCGCAUCUCCUGCAUCCAUCGACCCACUGCACCGAGUCUUGCAUCAACGGCUUGACCCUCAGCCAAGACAGAAUUAAUAUAACAGAAUCCAUGGUUUUACGUUUCGGCGCCUUGCUGGUUUCCAUCCCUCAUUAAGGUACCUUGCUACAUACUACCUGCCUGGGAGCUAGCCCAAAGUACUAAGCUUCUUUACCGCUGCCUUUCCCCGGGACACCUUGCAUAGGUAUCCUAGACCGACUGUUGACCACGACAAUCAUCAUCCCAACAUCUUCCCCAUUCCAGCGUUCGCUUGCCACCCUCAAGUGUACACGUCUGUACAGAUACUAGCUACAAGGCCAUAUGCAAAGCUCGAGUAUACUACGCUAUCGCUCUGCCGCUUCGGAGCAGCCAAUGCCCGCCCCAAUUGGUGUACACCUGGGGUGACAUUUGCGUUUGACCCGAAUCAAUACCUCGCUCUAUCGCCUCCAGAUCCCACAGUUGUACACAAAAACAAGCACAACACACACACACCACACUCAUACUAUAUAUAUACGGAGUCAGGUCCCAAUUCACCAUUAUGCAACCUCCUUCUCCAGAGGAUGUCCUCCAGCCGCCCCAAAUCCAUCAACACAAAUCAUCUCGACACCACGCCUCUACGUCAACCUCAUCAACACCGGCUCUCAGCAAACAACGUCCACAUUCUCUUCAAUUCUCCUUCCCACCCCUGUUCCAGACGAACGCCUCAUCGACGAGCCUGGUGCCCUCAACUGCUGAGGGAAAACCCAUCCCCGUUGACAAUUCAACUGCUGAGCAUCGAACGUCGGCUCUUCGAGAGUUGAAUACCAAUUUCCCCACUCGCCAUCGAUACGCACAGUCUACUGGUGCCCAGAGCAGUACCUAUUCGCAGCCUGUGAUCGUGCGAAGCUACUACGCUCCUGUACCAGCGCAGCCCGCGGACAGAGGAGUCAUUGUUGUCAACGGCCGAGGGCACCGCUCAGCACUCUCAGAGAGUAGCGGUCCUUCAGCUUUCGUACGACGAGUGCUGCCUUUCGGUACGGGUUCUGCCUCGGUCCGGAAUGGAAUUAUGGGCACAAUGGCGAGAAAUCGAACAAAGAAACGACUCGAGAAUGAACCAGAGGAGCCAAAACUUCCAUCCGUCGAAGCCUUCCGCUUCAAGAGCUUUAUGGCUAAUCUAGAAGACCAGAGUGGCGGUACUGAUAUAAAUGCUGAUCUGGAUCGUAUCGCAGAGAUCUGUGCUAAAUCGCGAUACUCUCUUAGCAACCAGUAUGAAGUUCAUUAUGCUCCCCAUGGCUCAGGUUCGUCGUUUAUGGCUCCAGCUAUUGAGAGCCAGGAGGCUCAUGGACCCACCCUUCAAGCGGUGUCAUCCGACGAUGAGAGAAAUAUCAAACAAUCUAGAAAACGACCGAUGGGCGUGAGGAGGAACAGCAGAGCCAUGGGAACAUUGGAGACCAUAAUGUCAUCGAGCAGAUCAUCGGAUGAGGAUAAAUCAAAGAAGAAGUCCGCUGCAGAGAUUGCCGAGGACGUUCGCGGCAGAGCCGCACAAAAAGGGUCCAGCAAACACGGAUCACCGGUCUCGUCUGAAGGAGGAGCCAGUGAGAAUGUGUUUCUGGAAGAGGAGGAUGUAAAACAACGGCCACCUCGCCAAAAACGGUCCGGUUCAUUGGCCCUCAUUGAUGGUAAUCGGUUGAGCAUGCACCUCCAUGAUUUGGAUUCAAGUCGACCCACGGCUGCCGGUCUUGUCAGUGAGCCUGCCUUACCUAAAACAUCAAGCAGCCAACUUGAAAUCCGAACAGCACCUGAGGUAACAAACAAAGAGCAUCUCCCUGGUUUGCCAAAGAAGGGCCUCGCAGCCACAGAAGGACUUGACCAGCCAGUUGUCCAUGGCUCUAUAUCUGCAAUCGAGACAUCUAACCAGAGGAGCAAUUUGAUGUCUACGCUUAGUGGUUGGAUGACUUGGCAUUCGUCUGAUACUUUGCCGACGACUAAGGGCCGGGCGGAGGUUAGUCUACGUGAGCUUCUGAAAAACCGAGAUAUCAAAGGAAAAGGUGUCGAGGCGACGGCGUAUCAGUAAAGAAAAAGACGAAGCUCAAACAAGAGGAACACAGCACUCUUGUUCAAAGACAUACCCGCAUACUUUAAAAGGGCAGUUGGGUUGGGUAAUCACCCAGAAUUCAACGCCCAACAAUGAUGUAACGAAUUACUCACGAUUUCACGAAGCCAAUAAUGAUAUGAUUAUGGAUGGGACAGAUACAGAGAAGUCAAAAGUAUGAGAUCAUCUGGUUUUCUCAGAUCGAGCUGCGUAUCGAAACUCCAAAAACGGGUUGGCAAUAGCAGUAAGCAACAUCUGUAUGAUGGGACUUCUUCAACGACAACCCAAGAUAACAGGUACCUGCAUCAUCUUUGACUGGAGUCCUAGGACUCGCCGCAUAUAAAUAGACGUCAAUGAUGCACUUAGCUGGCGGCGACUGUCUUCCCGAGGAUGGCUUAAUACAUAUUAAUGGGCUUUCGCUGUCUAAUUGUCGCCCCUUGUCUUUGAUUCACUGUCUUGGUCAUUUCUAUAUAGCAACAAUACUUUGCCAUGCCUUCGUCAAAAAGAAAAAAUCCGUCCCCGCUCUAUGAACACUGCAGCGCCAAUAGGCAGGAUGCAAAAAAGGAGACCAUGAAGCCAGCAAAACAAACAAAAACCCGUGCCCGCGUCCAUGCAUUAGCAAUGCUUCAGGUUCCAACAUGAGAGGGUAUGAAGCCACCGAGACUCAAAAGAAACGAAUGAUGAUACAUUGAAACAAAAACGCCAGUCCGCUGAUUUGGUCCCCUUGGCCUAUGGGGAAACGCCCAGCAAGAGGACGAGGACGGGGAAUGUCUGAUUGCCUAGAAGACUUCUGCAGAUUGGGUAAUGCCGUCUGGGUUCGAAAGUACCAAAUGUGUAGCCGAGGAGUGAUCGUUUCGAGUGUAUAAAUCAAGGUAUCAUGAAUAUUAGGGCUCAGCGGUCGAGUUCGGUGGUGCGACUGCCGGCAUGGGCUUGUUUCCACCAUUCUUAUCAACCUGCAACCGCUUUGUGUCGCGCUGGUCGGUCCCUUCGUUAAAGCGCUUCUUGUCUUUCUCUUUGUCCCGCCCGGCAGUCUCUUUAGCCAGCUUUCUGGCUUCUCUCUCGCGUCGAUCGUUCUCCUUUCUCAGGGCUUUAGACUCGAAUUCAUGCCAGUCAUUAUGUGUUGCGAGUCUACGGAUUGGUUAGUUGGUGAUGUUUAUCAUAAUGCAAGCUUGAUCAACUUACUCUGUAGCCUGGCGGGCUACUGGUGCUUCUUCCGUAAAGUAUGCAUGUUGGAGUACCUGUGCAGCGCUGGGCCGUUUUGCAGGGUCGUAAUGGAACAUGGCGGAGAGCAGGUCGAAGGCGGCUGGUGACAUUUUAUCACGGUACUUCUCUGCGAAGACAUUCCUUCUCUUCACAGUUGGGCGCAAAAGUUCAAACCAAGCCAUAUCAAUGAGAUUGGGCCAGUCUUUCAAGUUCGGCGUGCCCAUCACGUUAUAGAUCUUUUCCAGUUGGCUAAGCUCGGUCCCGUCCCCUGGGAAGAUGGCAUUUCGAUCAAAAAUCUCAACCAUGACGCAUGCUGCACUCCAUACAUCAACAGCAGCAGUGUACUUAGUCUCGCCAAGUAAUAGCUCUGGCGAGCGAUACCAGAUGGUGAUGACUCGAUUGGUGUAGUCCAGCUGGUGACGCUUGGCGUAGAAUCGGGCGAGGCCAAAAUCAGCAAUCUUGAGGACUCCUUCGUUACUGACGAGUAUAUUUGCAGCCUUUAUAUCGCGAUGGAGUACCCCUCGCGUAUGGAGAUAAUCCAAGCCCUCGAACAUCUGUUUGGCGAGGUCUUUCUUUUGAGCCGUCUCCAGUUUGAAUGUAGGGUGAUUCAGCAGCCCCGUGAGGUCAUGCGACAGGUAUUCAAACACCAUAAAACAAUCAUUUUUUUCGACCAUGACCUCCUGAAGAUUGACGAUAUUGACAUGUCUGAGAGACUGGAGAAGCUUGAUUUCUCGGAUAGCUGUGACGGGAAACCCAUCACGCUCGCCUUCCAUUCGAAUUCGUUUGAGGGCGACCAUCCCCUUUGUGUAAACAUUCAGGCCCUUGAAAACUUUGCCAUAAGUACCAGAGCCAACGACUGACUCGUUUCCGGGUUUUCUGAAGAAGACAGAUUCCGAGUCCACCAGAUCAGCUGGUAGAGUCGGUCUUGGCUUUGGUCGCUUCAUGAUUUUCAUCACCUUACGCAUACGGGGCGCAACUUUAGGGCCUUCGGGAGGAUGGCGACGCUCGUGGCGUGACCGUGAGGAAGCUGGCUCUGUCGGUGCACUUCGGGGAGGUUCGCACUCUUGAUCUCGGGCCCGAUCUCUCUCUCGAUUCUCAGGCUGAGGUUCUCGUCGAGGUGCAGCAUUCAACUUUUGUGAUAUCUCAGGCUUUGGGGCAGUGACCACUGGCUUUGAUGAAGGUUUAAAGGCAAAACUGAACUUGCUACCAGAUGACCCUCCUGGACCAGAUGGGGGCGGUCUGUUGGGGGUAGUCAAUGGGUUUGCUCUGUCUUCAACACUCUGGCUGCUGUCUUCGCCCAAUUCAUCGUGAGAUUGGAAUACUCCUUCCUGAACACCCAUAGGCUCAGGGCCUGUAUUUCCGUGGUCGUCCACAUUGCUGAAGCGUUCAUUGCCUAAAUCGUCGUGGUGUCCUCUUGAAGGAAGGCCUGAGUUCCAAUGAGAAUUCUUGAAGCCACCUCUCCCACGACCUCGAAAACCGCCACCUCUGUAGCCACCGCGGUAGCUCCCCCCCUGAGGGUACUGCUGCAUCGGGCCGGUCGGAGCGGCGUAUGGCGGUGACCGUGUAGUAUUGGAAUGAUAAUGGCUAGAAGGGCCACUUGGGGGACCGUAACUACUCCCCUGAGGAUGCUGAGGUGGGUAGGGCCUAGAAUGGCGUCAACAAUCGAUCAAAUUUGUGCUUGUUGCCAGGGUUUACUUACUGAUGACCAUUCCAUCCACCACGCGAUGGUGCGUAGGGUGAUCGAGAAGGCGAGUUAUGGUACGAAACGUGUUGGGGUGAUGGGGAAUAUGGAUCAUUACUGAUAUGUGAUUUUUGGUGAUACUUCGGGUUAUAGCCUCCACGAAGAUUGUUUCUCGAGGCCAUAUCUUCGUCAAUAUCGGACCUCGAAGAAUGACGCCAACCGGGCGACCCUUCUCGAGAUCUCCGUCCCCUACUUGCUUGAGGUGAUCGUGGUGGAAGCUGUCGCCGUGAGGAAGUCCGCCCAAGACCCGACGUCCGUUGAUCCUCGCGAGAUGAUGCACGAGCUCGUCGGGAUGAAGCCAAGUGAUGCUCUGAUGUAAGCGAUCGGCUUCGUGACCGUGGCAGAGGUCGGUCCAAUUGGGACUGAGUAUCUCGGUCUGCACGUCGCGAACCCGAGUCCGACUUUGCUGGAGAUCUAGGUCGUGAACGUGUGGGGGAUUUAGAAGAUCGUUCUUCUUGGCGAGGCGAUGGUUUACGUCGGUCGCGUGAGGAGUGCCUGGCGUGCUUCCUAGAUGGAGACUCCAGGCUGAUGUCCCUUGUCCUUGGCUUGGGGCUCCUGUUUCUUCUGGAUCUCUUUCGAUUGGAAAUGGUCAAAGAAGGGCUCCGACUUCGAUGUCGUUUGGCUGCCGAGGGCGAUGCCCUGCUGAUAUAGUCGUGGCCUGGGCUUCGGCUCUGGCUGCGCCGUGGAGGCUUCUCCUCGAUUUCGCGAUGGCGUUCUCGGUAACGCGGAAUAAGAUCUUCAACUUCUGGUACUCGACGUGACGCUUCAGGCGUUAGACGAGAAGCGCGAUCACGAUUACGAUCGUGUGAAUGGCGACGACGGCGAGAUGAAUGAGGUUCUGGUCUUGUGAGUGGGCGGUUGCGGCGUGCGUCGGAAUCGUGGCGAGAAUCGCGAAUUUGACGGGGAGACCUUGAUCUCUGUGAGGGUUUCAUUCCUCGCUCAUGUCGAGCCCCUUCUCCUUGGUCAUUAAGUUCUCGCUCGUCUCUCAUGGCAGCAUGUCGACGUCGACGUGGAGGUUUGGAUGCGGUCUCCAUGAGUGCACCUGGGCGGCGUCGAGUUUUCAGUGGUUACUUAGGGGCCGCACCUUAACCGGUGGGAAUGACCAGGUACCUACCUACCUUGAGCCUUGACGUCGGUGACCCGCUCACAAUCAGUGGCCCCCGAUGGUCGCGGGGAAUUUAACAUGUAGGCUUUUUGGCCCAAUGCAGGUCGGGGAAUUUUUUGUCAUCUGCAGAAUCAGCGCGAUUGACGCCCAAAAAAAAAAGAGAAGAACAAGAAAGGGGAAAGAAAGAGGAAAGAAAAAGGAAUGAUGAGGCCAAGGAUUAGGGUAAUGUAAGUUUUGCGCGGGAGUUGCCUUGUCAGGAUUUGUUGAUAGUUCAAGCUUGCCCCGAGUAAACUCAUGUCCCAAAGCACCAGAAGCUGGUGAUAGGCGCAGAAAUGAUCGAAAGGGGCAGAAAUCUCAGGCUCUUAACAAGCUAGAUGAAUCUCCAGCAUACAUGCACUUGCACGCUCUUCUAGCUCUCUAGGCGUUAUUCUUUUGCCUAUGCACUGGCUAUAGUGCGGCUUCCGUCCAGAGAUCUUCGCCAAUAUCAAGCGCCUUGGUGUUAGCUGUUGAUGGUUGGAUCGCUUGGGUUAACCCCCAAUGGUUCCACCAGGUGAGAGACAGCAUGAUCGCAUCGUAUCGCUGCUCUCAAAAGAGCAAAUGAACUAUAUACGAAUCCAUGUGGAUAAUUUACGACAGUCCAAAUCAUGACUGUGACUUCCUCUUAACAAGUCAAUGCUCAUCCAGCUAAGCCAUCCGGGACUUCGAGCAUGAAGACACAC